AUGGAAUUUUCAGAAGAUCAAAUCAGUAAAGAAGAUAGUGAGAAUGGCUCAGUUUGUGAUGGGGUAGAUAAAACACGGGUUUGCAGCAAAAAUCCGCAGUCGAAGAAGCUUCGUUUAGAUAAUAAGGAACAUAGCAAUAAUAAUGAUGGAAAUUUCCAGUCAAACAGUAGUAGUAAGCCCAAGGUAUUAGACAAGGCUUCUCCAAAACUUGUGACUCAUGAAGAGUUCAGACAAAAUUCUUUAAGCUCGGAUGUUCUAUCGAUGUUGGAACAAAAGCAAAAGCUAUGGGAAGAUACGAAGGUAAUUCUGAAGUGUUUAGAAGAGGAGCCUGUUUGUUUCAUUGGAGAUUUUAAUUGGGUCAGAUCAGCAUCUGAGAGGCUGAAUUGCAACUACCAGAACAAAGCUACAGAAAUGUUUAAUGAUUUGGUAUCUGAUUGUAAUCUAUUGGAAUUGGAUUUAUUGAAUGCAAAAUUCACGUGGUUUGGAGGGGAUUUGAAGAAAAGUAGGUUGGACAGAGCUUUCAUAAACACGCAUUGGUCUCAACUCAGGGGAUGGAAGCUCACAGCACUAGCUAAGAAGCAGUCAGAUCAUAAACCUCUUUUCUUGAAUGGUUCUAUUCUAGAGGAAAACUCUAAGAAACCCUUCAAGGUUUUUAAUUGCCAUCUUAACAAGGAGCUCUCGGAGGAGGUACAAAAAGUCUUCAACUUGUCAUUACGAUGGGAAGGGUUUAAAAAUCAGCUUGAUUUGAAAAUAGUAGUGUUGGAACAUCUCAUGAAUAAGUUAGAAGAUGCUGGUACAGACUUGGAUAGAUACCAGAAGGUUAAUAACCAUCUCAAAGAGCUAUACAAGAAAAAGGACUCCAUGUUUAGGCAAAAGUCAAGAAUGGAUUGGAUUGAUCUUAGUGACGGGAACACAAAAUUCUUCCAUCAGUUUUUCAAGAAUAAUCAUUCUGAAUUGUUGGGAUUGGGUAGUUUAGUACUGUCAUCCUUAUCUUCGAGUAGCAAGAGCUUCUUGGUGAGCUACAUUUCUGAGCAAGAAAUGGAAAUUGCAUUACAUGAUCUCUCGGAUAACAAGGCUCCUGGCCCUGAUGGCAUGAACAUUAAAAGCCUUAAGUUUCUUUGGCCUUUCAUUAAAGAUAAGAUGUCAGGUUUCAUAGGAAAUUUCUGCAACUCGUGCACUUUGCCUCCUGGUGUCAACUCAUUCUUCAUCGCUCUAGUUCCAAAAAUUCCUAAUCCAGUUACCAUCAAAGAUUUCAGGCCAAUCAGUCUUAUUAACUCAUCCAUUAAAGUUCUUUUGAAAAUUCUGACUUCAAGGUUAGCUACUCAAAUGUCCACUUUAGUGGCUGAUAAUCAAACAGGGUUCUUUAAAGGCAGGAAGGCUGCGGAGAGUAUUUUGAGUGGGUGUAUGGCCAAUGAAGUAUUUAGGCAUGCCUGUAGGUGCUUCAUCGAGGAGGAGAGUUUUCUGAGAGCCAUUGAUCAGGAAACUAUUGUGGUAAAUGAGCUUGAGAAAAUAAGAAGAAAUUUCUUCUGGGGCCAUGUCUCAAAUUCUCAAUUUGGAUCCAAAAAGCUUCAUCUAGCAUCAUGGGAGCAAGUUUGUAGGUCUAAGCAAUCAGGAGGUCUUGGACUGGUCCCAAUUAAGGUUAGGAACCUGGCUCAAUAG